CUCUGUGAAGUGUGUGGCGUUGUAAACAGAGCGGUGUCCUGGCUGUGGGCUGUGUGAGCUGAGCAAACAAGGAGCAUCUCAGUCCAAGGAACUUCUCAAAGAUUCCUUACGUACAUAGACAUGGGUGUGAAAGGCUUACAGUACUUCAUGGAGGCUUGUUGUCCAGAGAUCUGCUUACCUGUGGACUUUCGACAGAUGGCUGCAGCUCAUGCUAAAGCCCAUCCUGACUCCACUGCUACAGUGGUAGUAGACGCAAUGGCCUGUCUGAGGUACUGGUAUCGAUGCCAUGCUUGGGUCCAUGGAGGUCAGUGGAAGGAGUACAUGCAUUUUCUGGAGGAAUUCGUGGGUGCAUUCACAGCAGCCGGCUUAAGAUUAGUAUUUUUCUUCGAUGGAACCAUAGAGGAACAGAAGCGGGCAGAAUGGGUGAAGAGACGUCUGAGAGUUAACCAGGACAUAGCUAGAGUGUUUCGCUUCAUUAAGAAUCACCACCAGCAACCAGACAGGGAAAUGUUUUGUCUCCCCUCAGGACUUGCCACCUUCUCCAGAUUUGCCAUCAAGUCCCUUGGUCAAGAAACAUGGUGCUCUGUUCGUGAAGUGGACUAUGAGAUUGCGCAAUAUGCUCUUUCUAACAACUGUAUGUGUAUUCUUGGCCAAGAUACAGAUUUUGUUAUCUAUGACACUGUUCCAUACCUGUCUAUCGCAAAACUUAGAUUAGACAACAUGACCACAGUGCAGUUCUCUAGAGAAAAGCUGUGUCACAUCCUAAAGCUUCAGAAGUCUGAUCUUCCUCUCUUGGCCUGCAUUCUUGGUAAUGAUGUCGUGCCAGAGCAGCGGCUGCAGUAUGUCCGUAAAAAUGCCCUGACCGCGUAUGGGAGGAAACAUCAGGGUGAUAAAGUCCAUGCUGUGGCGGAUUUCAUUAGUAAACUUCAUCCUAAUGGUGAUGGAAUACUUGGCCUCUCCUCGAUGCAUUUAUCCAAAGCAGACUAUGAGGUCGUGGAGAAAGGAAUGCAGUCAUAUCUACUCCCAGGACAAAUGUCCCCUUGGUUAGAUUGCAGCCUUCCUCCUCCAGAGCCAGUAUGUGUGAUGGAGAACUAUAUGAGUGCAGACAUAUUACAGGCAGCAAAGGAGAGGCAUGUGCGAGCCGAGUGCUUUAUGAUCUAUAACGUGCUGCAUGAUGGAGUGGUGGACUGCAGCAAUACGCUGGAAGAUGAGGAAGAAGUAGAGCUACCACCACAGGCCAUUUUAUACCAACCUAUUAGAGAGCAUAUCUACAGUAUUAUUCUGCCAGCACUGCCAGAUUCUUAUGAUCAUACUUUGUCUGUCAAGGAGUGGUUUGUUUUUCCAGGGAAUCCACUAAAGGAGCCAAUAAAACUGGCUCCCAAGCCCCUAAAUCUACCAGAGAGAACUCCUGACCUGACGACUCUGUGGUUUGGGAAUGACUCUGAGGUGAAAAGUGUUCGUGUGUCCACUUUCCUGGCUGUCUUUGACCUACAGGACUUCACUCAGGACUUGAGUCACUUAGACAGCCCUUUGGUAGCUGUGAUUUGUCUUGUAACAUACAUUGCUGCUCAGGCUAAACACCUUUCCCUGGAAGACAUAGAUGCAUAUCUAAGUCAAGCUGUCUGUAUCAGAUAUAAAUCCUACUCAGAACUGCAGCAAACCAGGGUUCCUGAGGUGGACCCAAGGGCUGUCCAGCUUGGCUCACUGUUGCUACGUGGCCUGACUUAUAUCAUUGCAGCCAACAGUGGCUGUGGUUUUCCUUUUCCAAUGAGUGAGCUCAUGCCUUGGAAAAUCUUUGAUGGUUUGCUCUUCCAUUCCAAGUACCUGCAGGCUCAUUCUGGUUGUUCUAAAGAGGAGCUUCUAGAGGGCAAUCCUGCCUGGACUACACUCUUCCUCUCACUCCGAGAGCUGGUGCUAGGAGCCUGCAGGAGGCGCGGCUCCACCAUCCCCAGCCAGCCUCGCAGAGUACAGCAUGGGAGGCCCAUGGAUGGCAAGCCUCACAGAGAGAGUGGACCCCAACCCUUUAGCACCUCAGAGCAGUACUAUAGGCAGCAAACGAGAGGCCCUCCGCCCUGUAUGCAAGGUUUCGUUCAGAGACCAAGAUCAAGACAUCCCAACAGAAGAAGGUAUCACCUUGCUCCAAGAUGGCCUCAGUAUCAAAACCAAAGACCUGGUUUCAACUGACCCACAGGCAUUCAAGAUGAGAUCUGAAACCCUGUUGAAGUAUGGGACAUUAACUGGCCUUUUAGACGUGUGUAGCACCAUUGAACUUUGAAUUGGCAGCUUGUUUUAGCCAUUGUUAUGUAAAUGUGUGCAUUCCCGCUGCAUUAUCUACUGUAGGCUUAAAGGAAUACUUCAAAUUUACAUGACUUUCAAACAAAGUCAGUCAGCCAUGUUUACUUUAGAACUGUAGCUCCAGCCAACAUUGCUUACAAACGCUAGAAGUCAAUAGUCACCCAAACCAUUUAUGUAAACACAUCCCCAACUCUCUUAAAGUAAGCAUGCCAUAGGUGUUACUGUGCUGACACUACAUACCUGCGCAGUGAUGUUUUACAACACACCCCUGCGCUUCAGCCUCCUGGAGUCUUAAGGCAGAAUAGUAUUGGAAAGCAGGACGUUAUGAUGCAGAUGAUGAUGUAGUUCCAGUUUUAGUUGAAGUGUGUAAAUAAGGCCUGUCCAUGCCAUUGUGCUAAAUCUUUUUUUCUUUUAUUAACAAGUUUUACAUAACUUACAUUUGUGGAAACAGUUUGGGUGACUAUUGACCACCAGUGAUUAUUAGCAACAUUAGCCAAGCAGCUCUACUUCUAAAAUAAAAAAUCAAACUUAGACAAUAAACCUGUCUUGGCUGAGCGAGUUCAUUUGGGGUAAGUGGAAAAUCGUGUGAAUUUGAUUUAUCACCAGACUAUUCCUUUAAGAAUUUGACUUUGAUGACAGUGCAGGACCUUAUUGUUGCCUUUGGCAGUUAUGCUGAUACUCUUUCCCACUCUGUUGCUAUGAGUGUAGGAAAGCCUGCACUGUGACAACUAGCACACACUUGCCAGAGAUGCUCAGAAAAAUAUUAUUAGGAUUGAGUAAUAAAAAGGCUUUGCAAGAAGAGCAUCUGCCCUCUAUGCUGUUCGUGUACACGUCAACAAGGGGGAAGAAAUCAGCACAAAAACAAGAAGAACGAAAGUGCGUUCUAAGUCACCCAUUGAAGUGGGCUUCACAAGCAGGGAGGGAUACCCCACCUCCUUCUACUGUCUCCUCCUCUGUGAUAUCCUAAACUGCCCUCAGCAGUAUGUUUUGUUGAGAGGUUAUGGGCUUUUUUCCCCUAUUGUGUAGAUAUGAAUCAGUGACAGAAAUGGAACCUUCCUGAAGUCCGUGCCAAACCCACCCUUGAUGAAUAUUCAGCUCCAACCCUAAUUAGUCUCAGAUGAUCUCUUAUCUUUCAACCCUUGUGGUUUGGAGCAAAGCCAGUGACACACAAGUCCUACUAUUAUGUGUAGGCCUUUCCUACAUGGAGGAGGCACCAGACAGAUGGGAGGGGCUGGCUUCCAAUUAGCCCAAACUGUUAGGUAGAAAAACAUGAAUGAUAAUGUGUGUCGUAGUGUGCAUUAUUGGGAUUACUGAAGCUUGAUGAGAUGGUUUGAUGGGGGUGUUGAUUUCGCAUUGCUAAGAGAGCCAUAUGAUUUCGAAUGUUGGAACAUAUGUGAAUUUGUGAUUUUGUGUUUUGAUUUGCUCUUCAUUUUCAAGGGUCAUAUCUUGGAUCACUGUAAGUAGGUACUCUUCUGUAAAUAAUAUUAGGCCCUUCAGUCACUAUUCAGAAUCAUCUGCAGGGUUUCAUUUGCAAACAGAAUGGCAAUAAAUGACGCCUUCAAACCAAUUCUCAGUGUUUUUAUGAUUGUAUAGCUGAUACCAUCAGCAUAUCUUUUGGACACUGAUGUUUAUUCUCUCUAAGUUUGGGUUCAUGUUUACAUUUUAUGUUCCGAUUAUACGGACAACAUCAUGGCAACAUAUGUACAAACUGUUACUUUGUCUGUUAAAGGGCCCAUAUCCUACAAUGUUCUAGUGAAGUCCACUUAUAUCAUCUGUGUGAGUUUAUGCACCAAAAAACAACAAAUAAUUCAUUUUUAUAUGACAUUUCUAGCCGCUCUUUAUCCUCUAGAAUUAAACAGGCUGUUUUUGUUACUGUGCCUUUAGAACCGAUACCUAAUGAGCUCUGUGCUGCCCUGAAUUUUGCCUCACUCCAAGCAAUCCAAACACUUCUUAUAACUCAAGUGUGAGUGAGGAGGGCUAAAUUGCUGUAGGCUAAACUGGCAGAUAUAUUUAAGUGUGUUGUCAUGACAUCACAAACCAGUGGAUGUCAUUUUUGCAGCUUAGUUUCCAUAUGUGAACUGUAUGAACUGAAGAGUGGACAGUAUGCGUUAAAACAGUGUUUAAAUACCACUUCAAACUUAGAUACCACUUCAAUAAAAAUGAAGAAAAUUUAUUUUUCUCUGAUAUGGGCCUUUAAAUUACUUUUUGGAACAGAUGUCUGUUUUAUUGAA